AACGCGAUUAAAACAUCUGAUAUUACACACACACACACACACACGCGCGUUUACGUGCUGGAAUAAACACGCUGUCUGGAUUAUACUCACGUGCUGAACGGUGUUGUUGUGGGCUACAGUUUCAAAUAUCAAUCUUUUCCGUGGACACCAAGUGGUUUACAUGAAGAUGAAGGAUUGUAUGAGUCUGCUGGUGUUUGUUGUGAUCUUCUGCACGUCGGCUGGAUGGGGCUGUCCUCAGGUGUGCCGCUGUCCAGUAAAGAGACCAGUGUGCCCGGCGGGUGUGAGUGCGGUGCCAGACGCCUGCGGAUGCUGUAAAGUGUGUGCGGCGCAGCUCAACGACGACUGCCAUGAAGGAAAACCCUGCGAUCAUCACAAGGGCCUGGAGUGUAACUAUGGCAAUGACGUGUCCAGUCUGCACGGCAUCUGCAGGGCCAAACUGGAGGGCCGCUCGUGUGAAUACAACGGCCGCAUGUAUCAGAAUGGGGAAAACUUCCGCGCGGGCUGCAAACACCAGUGCACCUGUAUAGACGGGGCAGUGGGCUGCAUCCCGCUGUGUCCCAUUGACAUCCCGCUUUCCUCCCCAUCCUGUCCCAAACCCCGGCUGGUCAAAAUCCCCGGCCAGUGCUGCCUAAGCCUGGACUGCCAUGGAGAGUCGCCCAUCCUGCCUCCGGUGUUCAGCCGCCCGCAGCCGCCACCGUUUCUGCUCCCCAACCUACACAGCUUCAAGAAACCUCCGGCCAAGCCUAAAUACAGCCUGAGUAAUGAGCUCAUGGAGGUGGAGAAACGCUGGGACAAGCCACGCAGCCGAAAACACCUGCCAGCAUGGAAGCAGGCUGGACGGCAGUGUGUAGCGCAGACCACGAGCUGGACGUCCUGUUCGCGGAGCUGCGGGAUGGGCGUUUCGUCGCGGGUCACCAAUGAGAACGCGCAGUGCAAACUGGUGAAGGAAACCAGACUGUGCAACAUUCGGCCCUGCAGCUCUGCGGCUGUGCCUAUAAAGAAGGGGAGGAAGUGUUCCCGCACACAGAAGUCUCCGGAGCCUCUACGCCUGCGUUACGCUGGCUGCCGCAGUACACGUCUGUACCGGCCAAACUACUGCGGGACAUGUCUGGACGGUCGUUGCUGCUCCCCCCGCCGCACACGGACCGUCCCGGUGCUGUUCAGCUGUCCCACUGGCGAGCGCUUCGAGCGGGCCGUCAUGUUUGUGCAGUCCUGCAAGUGCAACGAUGACUGCGGAAGCCUGAACGACGCUUCGCUCCCACCGCAGCGCUGGCUGUACGGAGACAUGCACAAGUUCAUCGAUUAAACUGCAUUCCUCUAAGGACCCACUCCCGUGCCCUUCCCCGUCCAGUAGAGUAGCGUUUCAAAGUGUGUAGACGCUCAAUAUAACGCAAAUCCACAUGGGACAAAGAAAAAGGGCCCGUUUUUUUGGAUUCAGAUCCCUUGUAGCGAGAGCCUUAACGGGCGGUCACACUGCACUUUACACUCCGGCGAUGGAAAUACAAGCUUGUGCAGACAGUUUUGCAUUUCCACUGCGCUAAUUUCAAUCAGUUUUCAAGAAACUGAUCGGUGAAAGAUUGAAACGUCUCUACAGAAAAGUACUCUUUUUUUUUUUUACCCCAUCUCAUCCUAUUUAAUAUGGUGUAUGUUAAAAUAAAGUCCAAAAACUCGAAUAAGAACCAAAUAAAGAAAAAUGACAUGGUCAUGAAUGCUUCAGACUGGAAAAAUCAAGCCAGAGUGAAAAAGUUUCACAUUUCACUGUUAAAAAGCUAAGUCCUGCGACAUGGCGUGAGCUUUCUCUACAGAUAAUAAAAAUGGAGUGAUCGCUAAUUUUAGUCGUACCAUAUCAUCGUAUAUAGUAAACUUAAAUCAGCCUUUAGUCUCGAUAGUCAGGCACACUCCUGUUGGUGUCUUCAAUCUGGCAACCUGCGCUUGCAUGCGUUUUAAACCAGGUGUGCAAUACCUUGUUCAACCUCUGGGUGUCAAACUUUAAGUAUUGUGUCCAACAGAAGAAAGAAACAGUGAGAAGAUUUACAUUUUUGGUUUGGUCAACUCUAGGGGUGUCAAAAUUAAUUGUUUCUUCUGCACCGCAACGCAGACGCGGACAAUUUAGUAUCCGUUCAGUAAUAGCUCCUAACCGGUUAUUAUGCCAAUCAGAAGCAAGAAAGAAACCGAUCGGUGAAAGAUUGAAAUGUCGCCUUUCUCUACUAAAAAAUACAAAUUUUUAGCCAGAUCUCAUCCUAUUUAAUAUACUGUAUGCUAAAAUAUAAGUACAAAAACUCUAAUAAGAAUCAAAUAAAGAAAAAUGACGAAAGUUUCACAUUUCACUGUUAAAAAAAGCUACGUCCUGCGACAUGCGUGAGCUUUCUCUACAGAGAAUUAAAAUGGAGUGAUCGCUAAUUUUAGUCGUACCAUAUCAUCCUAUACUGUAAACAAGUCCAAAAGGUCAAAAUAAUCAAAUAAAGAAAACUAUUGGGUCAGGAAUGCUUUAACGUGAAACGUUUUGCACUUCACUGUGUUGAAAAGUUCAAACAUUAGAUGAAACCAUGCGAUCAGUAAAAGAUUGAAUCGUCAUAUCCUGACCGUUCUACAUAUUAAAAAUUAAAGUGCAGACGCUACGACGAGGCCUCAAUAUAACGCAAAUCCACCACGUUUUGGAUUCAGAUAGCGAAAGCCUUAAUGAGCGGACACACUGCACUUGUCGCUCCAUUGACGUCAAUUCCCAUUAACGAAAAUGCACUAGACUGGAAAUACAAGCUUGUGUGGAUGGUUUCACGUUUUGUGGCAUUAGGUUUAAGAAACUGUGCAAUCAGUAAAAGAUAGAAACGUCAUAGGGUGAGCUUUCUCUACAGAAAAGUAAUAAUGGAGGAAAUGCACGUUUUAGCUGCAUCACAUUGUCCCAUUUAAUAUAAAAGUCCAAAAGGUCGUAAGAAUCAAAUAAAGAAAAGGUUACUUAGUCGCUAAUGAUUCAUAAUGGAAAGGCAGAGCGAAAAGUUUUGGAUUUGCUGGUUAAAGUUGAAAAUGUGCGACCAAUAAAAGUGUCGAAACAAAAUAAAUAAAGAGCGAAAAUGCUAAGUUUUGCCACUUUGCAUCAUCCUAUUUAAUAUACAUGCCCAUUUGUCGUAAAUGUCAUAGACAGUUUUGCAUUUCACUGCAUUAAAAAGUUCAAUCAGUGUUCGAUCACAGAUCAGUGAAAGAUCGAAAUAUCACACCAUGAUCUUUCUCUACAGAAAAGUACAAAUGUGUAGCUGUAUCACAUCAUCUUUGAUAAUAUACAAGUCCAAAAGAGGGCGAAGCAGUGGCACAGUAGGUAGUGCUGUCGCCUUACAGCAAGAAGGUCACUGGUUCGAGCCUCGGCUAGGUCAGUUGGUGUUUCUAUGAGGAGUUUGCAUGUUCUCCCUGCGUUCGCGUGGGUUUCCUCCGGGUGCUCCAGUUACCCCACAGUCCAAAGACGUGCGGUACAGGUGAAUUGGGGAGGCUAAAAAAAUUGUCCGUAAUGUAGAAGUGUGUGUGGGUGUUUCCCAGAGAUGGGUUGCUGCUGGAAGGGCAUCCGCUGCGUAAAACAUGUACUGGAUAAGUUGGCGGUUCAUUCCGCUGUGGUGACCCCGGAUUAAUAAAGGGACUAAGCCGAAAAGAAAAUGAGUCCAAAAGAUCAUCAUAAUGAACGAAAAGAGCGAAAAAUCUCACAUUUCACUUAAGUUAAAAACGCGAUCAGUAAAACAUUGAAAGGUUAUAGCGUGAGCUUUCGCUACGGGGAAUAAAAAUGGAGGGAAUGCUAAUUUUAGCCAUACCAUAUUAUCAUACAAAAUACACAAGUCCAAAAGGUCUUAACAAAAGAAACAUUACCUGCUUGCGAAUGCUUCAGAAUGGAUAGGACAAAAAGCGUAGCAUUUUUUCUGUUUAAAAGUUUAAGCAUUAGGUGAAACUGUGCGAUCUGUAAAAGAUCAAAACGUCAUAUAGUUUAGCAAAUGCUAAUUUUAGCCGCAUCACAUCAUCCUAUUUAAUAUCCAUGUGCAAAUGUUAGAAUCGUAAAGAAAAGCUGCUUGCUGACAAUUGCACCAGACAAUUUUGUUGCGGUAAUUUCAAUCAUGUCCUAAAAUUGUGUGAUCAGUAAGAGAUAGAAACGUUAUAAAGUGACCUUUAUAGAAAAGCAAAAAUCGAGGAAAUGCUAAUUUUAGCCACAUCACAUCCUACUCAAUGUGUCCAAAUAUCUCGAGAAUCAAAUAAUGAAAAAUUACUUGGUCGCGAAUGCUUCAGACUGGAACCGCAAGCUUGAGUGGAAAGUUGUACAUUACAAUGCGUUGAAGGUUCAAGCAUCACAUUAAAACGUGCAAGGAGUAAAACAUCAAAACAUUUUAGCUAAUCGUUUGGAAUCGCUAAUUUUAGCUAGAUCACGUCUUGCUACUUAAUACACAUGUCCAACAUGACCUAUUGGUCACGAAUGGAAACCCGUGCAUUUGCAUUUCGCUGGAUUAAAAAGGUCACACAAAGUUCAAGAAACUGCGUGAAUAAAGUGUCUUAGCAUAACCUCUCGACAGUGAAAUAAAAUGGACAAAUGCAUCACAUCAUUUAAUGCAUGAUCCAAAAUGCAUCAUCCUAUUUAAUAUACAAGGUCAAAAAGGUCAAGAACCAAGAUAGGCUAAUUUUACAUUCAUUUAAUAUUAUAUGUGUGAGUGUGGAUCAUAAAACUACAGAAACGUCUGAAGCUUAAAUGCAAUUAACGAACAAUUUUCCCUGCUCACAUUCGCAAAAAUAAAGCGCAUGCUCAAAGUCUAGUGUGACCGCACCUUUAGAGUAGAUGUGCUUUCCCUGAGGAUCUGCGACGAGACAUGUCUCCUAGUUGCGAGUAUAUAUUAUAUACACUAUAUAUAAAAAUGGAUUUUCUGACUGAGCAGACCUCGCUGUGGACAGUGAUGCAUUCUGGGGCACCUGCGCAAUUUGGAACGAGACUUUAAGCAGGUUUGAUGGAGAAUAAAAAAAUGCCUCAGUUGGACGCUGAUUACAGGAUUGAACUUCUUUUGUAGUGAUUCAAUGUUCAAAUAAGGGGGAGACUCGAUGGGAAGUCUGUCUCAGGGGGAAGUCAUUGUGAACGACACAGGGGUUUGGCUGGGUUACUUGCGGCCUCAUUGCUGAGUCUGUUGGCUUGAGCAUCAGCAUUUAAGCAAUUCCAGUGUAAUGGGUGUGAUGUUUGCAGUAAAAACUUUACUGGCCACUUUAUUAGGUACACCUUACUAGUACCGAGUUGGACCCCCUUUUGCCUUCAGAAUUGCCUUAAUCCUUCAUGUCAGAUUCAACUAGGUACUGAAAAUAUUCCUUCGAUAUUUUGUGCCAUACUGACAUGAUAGCAUCACACAGUUGCUGCAGAUUUGUCGGCUGCACAUCCAUGAUGCGAAUCUCCCACCACAACCCAAAGGUGCUCUAUUGGAUUGAGAACUGGUGACUGUGGAGGCCAUUUGAGUACAGUGAACUCAUUGUCAUGUUUAAGAAACCAGUCUGAGAUGAUUCACGCUUUAUGACAUGGUGCGUUAUCCUGCUGGAAGUAGCCAUCAGAAAAUGGAGACACUGUGGUCAUGAAGCGAUGGACAUGGUCAGCAACAAUACUCAGGUAGGCUGUGGUGUUGACACCGUGCUCAAUUGGUACUAAUGGGCAAACUAAAGUUUGCUAAGGAAAUAUCCCCCACACCAUUACACCACCAGCCUGAACCACUGAUACAAGGCAGGAUGGAUCCAUGCUUUCAUGUUGUUGAUGCCAAACUCUGACCCGACCGUCCGAAUGUAGCAGAAGAAAUGGAGACUCAUCAGACGAGGCAACGUUUCUCCAAUCUUCAAUUGUCCAGUUUUGGUGAGCCUGUGUGAACUGCAGCCUCAGUUUCCUGUUCUUAGCUGACAGGAGUGGCACCCGGUGUGGUCUUCUGCUGCUGAAGCCCAUCCGCCUCCAGGUUGGACGUGUUGUGCGUUCAGAGAUGCUCUUCUUCUCGGUUGUCACGAGUGCUUACUUGAGUUACUGUUGCCUUUCUAAUAGCUAGAACCAGUCUGGCUAUUCUCCUCUGCGCCAACAGAACUGCCACUGACUAGAUAUUUUCUCUAUUUCAGACCAUUCUCUGUAAAUCCUAGAGAUGGUUGUGCGUGAAAAUCCCAGUAGAUUUGCAGUUUCUGAAAUACUCAGACCAGCCCGUCUGGCACUAACAACCAUGUCACGUUUAAAGUCACUUAAAUCCCCUUUCUUCUCCAUUCUGAUGCUCACAUUGAACUUCAGCAGAUCGUCUUGACCAUGUCUACAUGCCUAAAUGCAUUGAGUUGCUGCCAUGUGAUUGGCUGAUUAGAAAUUUGCGUUAAGCAGUUGGACAGGUGUACCUAAUAAAGUGGCCGGUGAGUGUAUAUGUUAACAUUAAAUUGAAACAUUGUUUAUAUUUUUCAGAAUGAGUUAUGGGUUGAGAAAAAUAUCAAUCUGUAAACAUUUUUCAUAUUUUAAAUGUGGAAAACAAACACGCAUUAUGGAUGUGACCAAAAAAAAUAUAUAUAUAAAUAGGUGGCACUUGGGUGAUUUGGUAAAUCAAAUAUAAAUGGCUGAAAACAUUGACGGGGACAUUUUUGCAGUACUAUAAAAUACAAGCAUGCACAAGAAACUUAAAAUGGGUUUCACUAUUUUGGUAAAAACGUUAUUUUUCUCAUGGGAAGGUUGACAUUUGCAUGGAAUUGCUCAUAUUUGCUCAUAAUGUCAGCUCUUCUGUUCCCGGCUAAUUACACUCCUCUUCUAUUCAGGGGGCAGAAAGAAACCCAGUAACCCUCUUGGUUUGCAAUAAAAAUAUGUUUCAAACACCAGCAUCUGAUGCAAACAUGUAAUUUGGAAGUAAUGGGUGGGACGGCUCUCUGAAACGCUGCCCGAGUCUGCUCUGUAAUCUACCAUGUGAUGGCUUUUUAUGGUGCAUCGGUCUCUAUUUUCUGCCUGGCACCAGUGUAUGAACUGACGGAGGUGACGUGAUGCCAUCUUAGCCCAAAAACGAGAGUUUGAACAGACAUGGAGACACAAAUAUACCCAUGUUAGAAAGUUAGAAGCCAUGUUACACAAUGAUUGUGAUAUUUAGUUAUGCUCAAGCACCCAUCAUAAAAAGAAACUGCUGUUUUAUAUUUCUAUAUUCUGACAUUUGAGACCAUCUUUCAGUAAAGCAGCAGUUCAGAGAUUCCUUUAUGCAAAUCAACCAUGGGUUUGAGUCUAGUAAAAAACAUGGUACCAGUAUUUUUGGCAGAUUUAUUAACAAUUGUAUAACCAGUUUUACCACUUAGGCUACCCUGGUUAAACUAUAUGAAACAAACAAGUGAAUAGUUAGUGGUUAUCAUGGUUUACUACAAGAACUAUCUAUGGUUUAAGUAACCAUCUCAGAAAGUUAGAAGCCUUGUUACACAAUGUUUGUGAUAUGUUUAUAAGUUAUACACUCAAGCAUCCAAGAAUAAAGAGAAUCUGCUGUUUUAUAUUUCUGUA